GCGGUACCUGCGCGGCCGCCGCCUCACCUGGAGCGGCGCGUUGCAGCGGGCGGGGCGGGACGCGGCGGGCGGUCACCGGAGCGGCGGCGGCGGCGGACGGGCCAUGUGGGGGCCGCGCUCCGGGCUCUGCCCGCUCCUCUUCAUCCUCCUCCUCCCGCAGCUGCCGGCGGCCGCCGCGCUCGCCGCUCCCCCGGCCCGGCCGUGCGUCCCCCCGGGGCCGCGCCGGGGGCCGCUCCCGGUACCAGGGAGCUCCGGAGGCUGCGUGGGGCCACGCGGGACCGAGGAGCCCGACGUCGGGGUGCAGGACGGGGGCCCUGGGCAGCUGCCGGGGGUGGGCAGGGUGCUCGCUGUUCCCCCCCGGGAUGCUGCUGCCUGGCCGGACCCUGCCCCGCUCCCCGUGUGGAGCUGGCACCCCCCCCAGGAGCUCCCCGAGGCCCCCGGGGCUCGCGCUGCUCCCAGGAGGAGGAAGAGGGACUGGGUGAUCCCCCCCAUCAAGGUUCCUGAAAAUGAGAGGGGCCCCUUCCCAAAAAAGCUGGUUCAGAUCAAAUCCAACCGGGACAGAGACACCAAGAUCUUCUACAGCAUCACGGGGCAGGGGGCGGACGCCCCCCCCGAGGGCGUCUUCACCAUCGAGAAGGAGUCGGGCUGGAUGAAGGUGACGCAGCCACUGGACCGGGAGCACAUCGACAAGUACCACCUCUUCUCCCACGCCGUGUCCGAGAACGGCAAACCGGUGGAGGAGCCGAUGGAGAUCAUAAUCACGGUGACGGACCAGAACGACAACAAGCCCCAGUUCACGCAGGAGAUCUUCAGGGGCUCCGUGCCGGAGGGAGCUCUGCCAGGCACCUCCGUGAUGCGGGUGACUGCCACGGAUGCAGACGAUGCGGUGGAGACCUACAACGGCGUCAUCGCCUACUCCAUCCUCAGCCAGGAGCCGCGGGAGCCCCAUCCCCACAUGUUCACCGUCAACAGGGCCACCGGCACCCUCAGCGUCAUCGCCAGCGGCCUCGACCGGGAGCGUGUGCGGGAGUACACGCUGACCGUGCAGGCGGCCGACCUGGACGGCGAGGGGCUGACCACGACGGCGCUGGCGGUGAUCGAGAUCGCGGAUGUCAACGACAACGCCCCCGAGUUCGAUCCCAAAACGUACGAGGCGGCCGUGCCGGAGAACGAGGCCGGGCGGGAGGUGGUCCGGCUGGCCGCCACUGACCUGGACGAGCCGAGCACGCCGGCAUGGAGAGCCGUCUACUCCAUCUUACGCGGCAACGAGGGAGGCGCCUUUGCCAUCGCCACCGACCCCGCCAGCAACGAGGGCGUCCUCCGCACUGCCAAGGUGCGUGUGUCCCCCCACGUCCCCCCGCCGCUGCCCGCAGUGGGGUGCUGCCCUUCCCCUCCCCUCUCCCAGGGUCUGGACUACGAGGCCAAGAAGCAGUUCGUGCUCCACGUGGCCGUGGCCAACGAGGCCCCCUUCGCCGUGAAGCUGCCGACAGCCACCGCCACAGUGACAGUCAACGUGGAGGACGUCAACGAGGCGCCCGUCUUCGACCCGCCGGUGCAGCUCGCCCGGGUGCCGGAGGACGUGCCGCCGGGGCAGACCCUCGCCUCCUGCACGGCACAGGACCCCGACAGGGCCCAGGGGCAGAGGAUCAAGUACCUGGUGGGGCACGACCCGGCGGGCUGGCUGGCCGUGCACCCCGAGAACGGCCUGGUGACGGCGCGGGACCACUUGGACCGCGAGUCCCCCUUCACCAAGAACAGCACCUACACCGCCGUGCUGCUGGCCGUGGACGACGGCUCACCGCCCGCCACGGGCACUGGCACCCUGCUCCUCACCCUGCUCGACGUGAACGACCACGGCCCCGAGGCCGAGCCCCGGGACGUCACUGUCUGCAACCGCAGCCCCCAGCCCCAGGUCCUCACCGUCACCGACAGGGACCUGCCCCCCAACACCGGCCCCUUCCGCGCCGAGCUCAGCCGCGGCUCGGGGGACAGCUGGGCCGUGGAGGUCGGCGCCGAAGAUGACACUGUCACCCUGCGGCUGGUGGCACCGCUGGAGCCGGACCUGUACAGCGUCUACCUGCGGCUCCUCGACCGGCCGGGCAAAGCCCAGCUCACCGUCAUCACCGCACGGGUCUGCGACUGCGAGGGGCCGGUGCAGAGCUGUCCCCAGAGACCCCAGCCCGCCACCGGCCUGCCCUUCGUCCUCGCCGCCCUGGGUGCCCUCCUGGCCUUGCUGCUCAUCCUGCUCCUGCUGCUGCUCUUCGUGAGGAGGAGGAAGGUGAUGAAGGAGCCGCUGCUGCUGACCGAGGACGACACGCGGGACAACGUGUUUUACUACGGGGAGGAGGGAGGCGGGGAGGAGGACCAGGACUACGACCUGCGGCAGCUGCACCGGGGCCUGGACGCCCGCCCGGAGGUGCUGCUCCGCAACGACGUGGCCCCCACCCUCCUGCCAGCCCCCCAGUACCGGCCCCGGCCCGCCAACCCCGACGACAUCGGCACCUUCAUCGAGGAGAACCUGAAGGCGGCUGACACGGACCCCACGGCCCCCCCCUACGACUCCCUGCUGGUGUUCGACUACGAGGGCAGCGGCUCGGAGGCCACCUCGCUCAGCUCCCUCAACUCCUCCGCCUCCGACCGCGACCAGGACUACGACUACCUCAACGACUGGGGCAGCCGCUUCAAGAAGCUGGCGGACCUCUACGGCGGUGGGGAGGAGGACGACUAGGACACCCCCCCUUCCCUCCCGCCCCGCUGCCCCCCUGCCCCACGCCUUACCACUGCCUGUGCCUUGGGGCUGCCCCCUCCCGCCGUGCCCCCCCGCCUCGGCGGCAGCCCCCUUGCCUUCCUCUGCUGGAUUUUUCUUGGUUAUUAUUAUUUUUUUUUUUUUUUAAUGUAUGAAAUAAAGGUAGUGUGAUGCUACG